AUUUGGUCCGGGCGGGUGAGAAUCUGCACCGACAAUUAGACUUCUCCUUCGGCACCCCGCACCCCGAGAUAAAAAGAAGCUGUCCCUUAGCGAGUUUCAGGCACCAAGUUAUUUACUCGGUAGAGAUAAUGAGUUUGCGCGGAUCUCUGCGCUUCCCCCGCACCCUGCUGGUUAUACGCUUUGAGACGACAGGCUUGUUAAUUAACUUUAAUCACAGUCAUUUGGCCUCCACCUGCCUGAACCCAACACCGUACACCGGGACCUGUCGGCAGUCAGUUUACUAGAUUGAUCUUUCAUUUUAGUUUGGAGACAAGUCUCUUGGGAGAAUGGGUGAGCCAUCUCAUUUAGUAAAAAGCUUAAGCACAUAAAACAUUCACUGUGAAGAAAAUAACAUUUUGAGACAUUUCUCUGUUGCGAGUGAUAGAGGAAAAACCAAUACAGAAGUGGACUUUCCUGUGUGUAUCUCCUUGUACUGCUUUUGAUAACUCAGCUUGGUAAUGAAGCCACCAUUAUGUCCUCAGUCAGUGAAGUAAAUGUUGAUAUCAGAGAUUUCCUAAUGAGCAUUAAUUUGGAGCAGUAUCUCCUACGCUUCCGCGAGUUUGGUUUUGAUACUGUGAAGGACUGUGCGGCAGUCAAUGACAGCGUGCUGCACAAAAUUGGAAUAUCACCUACAGGACACCGGAGGAGGAUACUGAAACAGUUGCAGAUAAUCUUGUCAAAAAUGCAAGAUAUCCCAAUAUAUGCAAAUGUUCAUAAAACAAAGAAGGACGAUGAGACUUCAAAGAUUCCCCAUGCUCCAUUCUCUGAUGGGAGUAACUCCGUAGACCUUUCAGAUGCAGGUGAUAUUCAGGCACCUAGCCCAACGCAGUGGGAGACUGUUACCAAAACUCUUGAUCAAAAUGAUGUUAGUGUAGAAAAUAGCCAGUCUCUUAAAUCAGAUGAUAAGCUGUCUCUUCUUAAACACAACUUUCCCCUUCUAGAAGAAGAACCACACCCAAGUUUGAAUUCUUUUCAGCAUACUUUAUUUGGUAGUGAAAAUAUUAAAGGAGAAUCUUUGAUUACAGAGAUAACUAUGGAUUGCACAAUCGAAGAGCAACAAACAAAUAGAGCUGAUUUGAUCUCAGAAAAUGUGAGCCAGCUUCCUGAUGUGGGCUCUGAAUGCCUUUCUUCCCUCCGCCCGUCAGUAUCAGAGGCAAAUUCUGGAAGUGGAACUAAUGGUUUAUUAGAAAGAUCACUGCCAUCCCCAUUCUUUCAAUUUCAAGGAGAGAUGGUUGUAAAUGAUUUGUAUGUUCCAUCGUCACCAAUCCUAGCACCCAUGAGAAGCCGUAGCAAGCUGGUUUCAAGACCAUCUAGAUCUUUUCUGCUAAGACAUCGUCCUGUACCAGAGAUUCCAGGGUCUACGAAAGGAAUUUCAGGGAGCUAUUUCCGUGAGAGAAGAAACAUUGCUACCUCAACUGGAAAGUCUGUGACACAGGAAAAUUCAAAGGAGGAAAAUUCAUCUUCCAUUUUUCCUUAUGGAGAGACCUUUCUCUUCCAGAGACUAGAAAAUUCCAAGAAGAGAUCUAUAAAGAAUGAAUUUUGGACCCAUGAAGAAACACUCAAAGGGGAAACAACUACUGAAAAAAACGCUUUUCUUGUGAAAUCAAGCAUAUAUGAUAACAGGAAGGAGAAUAUAAGCGAAGACAAAGCAGAAGAUAUUUGGAUACCUCGAGAGGACAAAGUUAAUUUUCCAGUAGACUCUGCUUCAGAAUCAGAAUAUUCAACAGUAGAAGAAUGCUUUCAGAGUUUAAGAAGAAAAAAUUCAAAGGCAUCUAAAUCUAGGACUCAAAAAGCAUUGAAUUUGGACCCUGUUAAUAGGCACAGUUAUCCGUUAAGCUCAACAAGUGGAAAUACUGAGUCCUCAAUCGUUUUCUCAAAUGCAAUAUCUCCCUAUGCCUGUUUUUAUGGGUCCUCUGCAAGGAAGGUUAAAUCCGGAUGGCUGGACAAACUCUCCCCUCAAGGAAAACGCAUGUUUCAGAAGAGAUGGGUGAAAUUUGAUGGCCUUAGCAUUUCUUAUUACAAUAAUGAGAAGGAGAAGUAUUCAAAAGGAAUAAUUCCUCUUUCUGCUAUAUCUACGGUACGAGUUCAAGGAGACAACAAAUUUGAAGUUGUUACAACACAAAGAACUUUUGUUUUCAGAGUAGAAAAAGAAGAGGAGAGAAAUGACUGGAUCAGCAUACUGUUAAAUGCACUGAAAUCACAGUCCCCUGCCUUGCAGUCUCAAGCAGCUGCUGCACCUGAGAAAUGUGGAUAUCUUGAAUUGAGAGGGUAUAAAGCCAAAAUUUUUACUGUGUUAAGUGGAAACAGCGUGUGGCUUUGCAAAAAUGAACAGGAUUUUAGGAGUGGACUUGGUAUUACCAUAAUUCCUAUGAAUGUUGCAAAUGUAAAGCAAGUGGUCCGAACUGUAAAACAGUCUUUUGAAAUAAUCACUCCCUACAGGAGUUUUAGCUUUACAGCCGAGUCUGAAAAAGAGAAACAAGAGUGGAUUGAAGCUGUGCAGCAAUCGAUAGCAGAAACUCUCUCUGAUUAUGAAGUAGCUGAGAAGAUUUGGUUCAAUGAGUCCAACAGGAGCUGUGCAGAUUGCAAAGCCCCGGAUCCUGACUGGGCAUCCAUCAAUCUCUGUGUUGUCAUCUGUAAGAAGUGUGCAGGACAACAUAGAUCUUUAGGACCAAAAGAUUCCAAGGUUAGAAGUCUGAAAAUGGAUGCCAGCAUUUGGAGCAAUGAACUCAUUGAGCUCUUUAUUGUCAUUGGAAACAAAAGAGCAAAUGACUUUUGGGCUGGUAAUCUUCAAAAAGAUGAAGAAUUACACAUGGACUCACCCGUAGAAAAGAGAAAAACCUUUAUCACUCAGAAGUACAAAGAAGGAAGAUUCAGGAAGACUCUACUAGCGUCUCUCACCAAAGAAGAAUUAAAUAAGGCUCUGUGUGCUGCUGUAGUGAAACCAGAUGUUUUGGAAACAAUGGCUUUGCUCUUCAGUGGAGCCGAUGUCAUGUGUGCAACUGGAGACCCUGUGCAUAGCACCCCCUAUCUGCUGGCCAAGAAGGCGGGGCAGAGCCUGCAGAUGGAGUUUCUCUACCAUAACAAAUUCUCAGAUUUCCCUCAACAUGACAUUCACUCUGAAGGUGGAUUAGGUCAAGAGCCUUCCCAAUCCAUGUUCCUCUGUGACUUUUUGUAUCAGGCUUCUGCCGCUGCUUCUAAACUUUCUACAGAGAAAAAACUGCUUGAAGAGACAAAUAAAAAGUGGUGUGUUUUCGAAGGAGGCUUCUUGAGUUACUAUGAAAAUGAUAAGUCUACCACACCUAAUGGCACCAUUAACAUCAGUGAAGUUAUCUGCCUGGCUGUCCACAAAGAGGACUUCUAUUUAAAUACCGGGCCCAUCUUUACCUUUGAGAUCUAUUUACCCUCAGAACGUGCAUUUUUAUUUGGAGCAGAAACAUCUCAAGCUCAAAGAAAAUGGACAGAGGCAAUAGCCAAGCAUUUUGUUCCCUUUGUUGCUGAAAACUUAACAGAAGCUGACUAUGAUUUGAUUGGUCAACUCUACUACAAAGACUGCCAUACCCUGGAUCAGUGGAGAAAAGGCUGGUUUUCUAUGGACAAAUCUAGUUUGCGUUUUUGCCUUCCAAUGCAAGAAGUUCAGGAACAUAGAAUGCACUUAAGAAGACUGCAAGAGCUAACAAUCAGCACAGUGGUUCAAAAUGGGGAAAAAAUAGAUGUCUUGCUCUUGGUAGAAAAAGGGAGAACAUUAUACAUCCAUGGGCAUACCAAGUUGGAUUUCACAGUCUGGCAUACUGCAAUUGAAAAAGCAGCAGGUACAGAUGGUAAUGCAUUACAAGAUCAGCAGCUCAGCAAAAAUGACGUUCCCAUUAUUGUGAACAGCUGUAUAGCAUUUGUUACACAGUAUGGUUUAGGAUGCAAAUAUAUCUAUCAAAAGAAUGGUGAUCCUUUGCAUAUAAGCGAACUCCUGGAGAGUUUCAAAAAGGAUGCAAGGAGCUUUAAAUUGAGGGCUGGAAAACAUCAGCUUGAAGAUGUGACAGGCGUGUUGAAAAAUUUUCUCUCCGACAUUGAUGAUGCACUUCUUACUAAGGAGCUCUAUCCAUAUUGGAUCUCUGCUUUAGAUACUCAAGAUGACAAGGAAAGAAUUAAAAAGUAUGGGGCAUUUAUACGUUCUCUUCCAGGGGUCAACCGAGCAACGUUGGCAGCUGUAAUUGAACAUCUUUACAGGGUUCAGAAAUGCUCAGAAAUCAAUCACAUGAAUGCCCAUAAUUUGGCCUUGGUCUUUUCAUCCUGUUUGUUUCAAACUAAAGGACAAACUAGUGAAGAAGUGAAUGUAAUCGAGGACUUAAUUAAUAAUUAUGUUGAGAUAUUUGAGGUUAAAGAAGACCAAGUCAAACAAAUGGACAUAGAAAAUAGCUUUAUUACCAAGUGGAAAGACACCCAAGUUUCCCAGGCUGGAGAUUUGUUAAUUGAAGUGUAUGUAGAAAAGAAAGAACCCGACUGCAGCAUUAUAAUUCGGAUCUCUCCUGUGAUGGAAGCAGAGGAAUUAACUAAUGAUAUAUUAGCAAUAAAAAAUAUAAUUCCUGUGAAAGGUGAUAUCUGGGCCACAUUUGAAGUCAUUGAAAAUGAAGAGCUAGAACGCCCACUUCACUACACAGAAAAUGUGUUGGAACAGGUGCUUCGGUGGAGUUCACUAGCUGAACCUGGCUCUGCUUAUCUUGUGGUGAAGAGAUUCUUAACCAUUGACACAGUCAAUCACUAUAAUGAGUGGAGAGUAAGAGAGGAAGCAAGCUCUGUUGUGAUUUAUUAGGACACGUUCUAUCACGAGGGCUCACCCUCUGAAUUCAUCUAAUCCUAAUUACUGCCCAAAGACCCUACCUCCUAGUACCAUCACAUCAGGAGGUAGGGUUUGAAUUUCGGGGGGCACAGACAUUAACCAUAACAUGUCUUUUACGUCUUAUGUGUCUGUCCUUUGUGUGUUAUAUUUACAUGAAAGCAUUUUUCCAAAAGGCAAACAGCUGAACUACUUUACUUCUAUGUCAGUCUCAUCUUAUGGGCAUCUCAAAAAACCAAACAGGUGUUAUUCUUCUUGAUGUAGACAUUUAACCUUUUAGAAACCUUUAUCUUAUUUUAAAUCCCUUUAUCAUAACCGCAUAUGUUUUUGACUACAUACCUACACUUCUUAAGGAUUGCAACAGAAAUUUUCUCAUACAAACAUGACUCUAUGAUGUUGUAAGGCAGUGGUUCUCAGGUGGAUGCAGUUUUGUUCCCCAGGGGACAUUGGCAAUGUCUGCAGGCACUUCUGACUCAACUAGAUGGGGUGGUGUUUCUGGUAUUUAGUGAGUAGAGAUGGGAGAUGCUGGUAAUCUUCCUAUAAAACACAGGACAGCUCUUCACAAAGAAGUAUUUGGCUCAAAAUGUCAGUGGUGCCUGUGUUGAGAAUAUCUGAUUUAGAUAAUCUGUAAAAUCUGUUCUGGCUCUUAAAUUCUGUUAUUCUUUCAUUUUGACACUGAGAUAAAGAAAAAACAUUGAGCUUAUAAACCAAGUCCUGUCAGCAUUAUGAAAUAUAUAUAUAAUAAGUCCUCAUGGCUUCUUUCCUUUUAGAAAAUCUUCUUUUCAGGCAAUUUUUUUUUUUAUUUUUCUGGUGAGAAUUUCCUUUUCUUUUUUCCAGUAUCCCUCCAAAAUGUCUCUAGUUCACUGUAUUGCCAAACAAACAAACAAACAAAACAAAACAAAAAGUUGAAAUCCGUACCUAGACAUGAUACCUUCAGUCUUGUUUGAAUGCUAGUGGAUUGGUUAGGUGAAUAAGAACAGACAAGAAUAAGAUCUUAAAGGCUGUGAUAAAAAAGAAAGUUUUGUGCAGGUGGAGGUGAGGGAUAACCAACACAAGGAUACCCUUAAGUGCUGUUGAUGUUUAAAGAACAAAAGAAAACAGCAUCAUAUUGAGCUGGUUGAGAGCAAUGACAUCUGAGUGGAAAUCUUUAAAGUUGUUUAAGGACACAAAGAAAUGGUAGAGUAGCAUACUGCGCAUUGGCUGUAUCCACAACUGGGCCAGGAGAGUCUGUGUUAUAACGAAGCUUCAUACACUCCUGUGUGUGCUCUGUAUGGUGUUGUGAGUGUGUCCUUGUGGUGUGAAAGCAUCAAGCUUCUAUAAGGUCUAGACAAAACAUCUGCAUAAGAACUGGAGAACCCAAGCAUGAAACAUUCUCUAGGGUAAAAUGUCAGCAGAUGUUUUUGUGACUCUCCCAUCUCCUUCAUGCCUGUAAUGGAGCGGGAGCCAUAAAACACAUGCCUGUCCCCUGCACUAUCCCUACCUCUGGUUUCCAAACCAGUAUACAGCUUGUUAUUAUAAUAUCUAUAGUUCCUUCUACCAGGAAAUGAUUUCUCUCUGCAUGGGAAAAAAAAAAAAAAAAAAAAGGUUUUAGAGUAACAGCAUCAGCAAAUACAUUAAUUGGACCGUUUCAUAUUAGUAGUUGUGUAUUUUUGGUCAUAAAUAGUAUCUAUGCAGUAAAUAUUUUUAAAAGUUUGUUUUGUGUUGUUUUCUAUCCAAUAAAAUUUUUAUAAAUGUUUUUAAUUAGAGCUUGAUUUAUAUUAAGAUUGUCAAAGCAAAAUAAUGUCUUUCAUUAUGGUUGGUUCUACAUCUGUGUGAAUUUAGGAUUGUCAUUUUAAAACAAUUCUGGCCUGUUGUUCAUUUUUUAAAUCAAUUUCUUAAGUCAUGAUUUUUUCCUAUAAUUGUGUCUUGUAGCAACCUAGAGCUUAUAAAUACUUCUUAGGGGGAUAUAUUUUGUGAUAGAUUUUAGGUUGGUUAGACAUUCAAUCUACCUUGUCUCUGUCUUGGAAAAUGUCUCUUAAAUCAAUCACAGUGACCACCUACUCCAGAAUUAUUGCUCUGUUCAUUACAUCUACUACUUAAAAUUGGCAUCUAAGAGGAAAGUAAUGAAAGUAAAUCAAAUGUGAUUUCCCUGUCAAUUUGUUAGCAGAAAAACUGGAAUCAUCUCAGAAAGACAUUGCUCUUUAUGGCAGAAAGGGAACACUGUGAAGGAUUUCUUUUCCUUUCUCGAGAUUUUCUUAUUCUACCCUGGGAGCCAUGUGGAAAUUAGCAGAAUUUGAAACAAGGGUAGUUGGUAGCAACCACAUUUUUUCUCACUAACAAAUAGCUAAUUUAAUAUUUUGUUAACAUACAAAGUAGCAUUGCCUCAUCCUUUGCACUCUGUUCUUCCAUACUCCAUGCCUCCUGGCCACAGAUUUUACCAUCUCCCUACCUAUCGCUGUUUCUAUUUCUGUAUCUACACGUACAAAUAUACAUGUAUAUGUGUGUGCUUGUCUAUUACAUGACUUCCAUUUCAUAAAUUGUGUGAUAAUUUUUCUGAUUUAUGUAACAAAUUAUAAGCAUAUACUUUUGCUUGACAUUAGGUUUUCAACACCUACUUGCUAAAUCAAGGAUUUUAUCAAAUAGCAGGUUUAAGCGUUUAGGGUAGUUUAGGGGUUUUCUUUUCCUUAAUUUUCUCACUUUACCUGAACAACUUAAAAUGUCGACAACACAAGCAGGAAUAGAUUUAGAAUCAUCCGACACUUAAUUUGUGCUCAUUCAUUUAAGGUAAUGAGGUAGCAUACUUUACUUUUAUAGAAGUCUAUGACAGUAAAUAAAUGUUGUUGCCUCUACUUAGAAAUCAAUUCUGUGUUCUUCAAAAGCAGCAUUUUAUUUCUUGGAAACAUUUUGUGUCAUUGCCAUUAUUGUAAUGAGGAGUUAACUAACUUGAAAAGAAAGAUAAUAGUCCUCAAAUUUCUUUUCUACCCCAUAGAUUAUGACUGAGACAUUAUGAUAGGAGGAAUAAAACUUCAUUUAAAUUGCCAUUUUAGACUUUGUCAUAGCUAAUCUCAUUAGACUGUCUUUUAUCAUUAUCUCUUGUAUUGAGUUAAGCUUCAGCAUCUCUAUCACAAGUAAACCAUAAAUGUAUACCUUCUGUAAGGUUCCAGAGUAAAUAAUUUUAUGUUGCUGAAGUCUUAUUUUAAGCGUUAAAGAUCUUUAAAGUUACCCCCAAUCGAAUGUGAUACAUUGGCAUCAAGUUUUAAUGAUCUAAAUGGGGAAGAAAUACUUUUAAGAUAUAAGAUGUAACUCAAAUGCAGAUCCCUGUAGGUUUCUAAAUUUAGAUUGCUACAUAUGACAGAUGCUUUGGAAUUAAAUUUGCAUUAGAAUAGAAUAGUUCAAAAUGCAACUGCUUCUGGCAAAUACAGACGUGGAAAGCUGAACCAUCCACUAUCAACUAACUUAAGAAAAUACAAGAAAAUUCCAGCAAAAAUAGUAUGAGGCCAUAAAUCAUAGUCUCUCUGCAAGAAUUUACUUUCUACUCCCCAUCAAAUCUUUUUAAAUCCAACUGUGUGUAACAGUUGAAGGUAAGCCUCGUCCACUUCACAUAUAAGUAUCUUCUUGAAAACUGAUGAUAGUCUUUGAUAUUCACCAUGAAGCAUGAAUGUCCCGGCUUCUUUUAAUGUUAAAAUUCUAUAGUGAGAAAACCAACUGGUAAGUUUCUAUUAGGAAUCUACUAUGGAAAAUUAAAGGAUUGUUAAGCAUUAUCUUUACCCACAAGGAAGAGAAAAUUUAAAUGUAUUACAUCUAUUUAAAUUAUAAGGCUACAAAUACAGCAUGCAGUACAUGACUGCUAUUAGCCAGGAAGUUUAUGGAGAGCUUUCAAGCACAGAAAAAUCGUUGAGUUAGUUGAUCACUGACAUCUCCUCUAACACUGAAUGUAUCUCAUUCAACAAAAUAUCGUUGCUUGUUUAGUUUUUCUUACAUGUUGUCCUAACAAGACUAUAUCUUAUUCUUUUACUCACUAAAAGUACAUGUUAAGUAAACUUUUUAAAAUAUAAAUGAGUAACACUUUGUAACUGAGCAGGUACUGGCAGACUUUCAUAGCAGUGCAAAUUCUUAAGCUUUUAUCUACAUAGUGAGGGAAUGCUUUCCCUAGGAAAUUAGCAUUGUAUUAGUGUUGAGAAAAUGGCAUAGGGUCCUCAGUUUCUUGAUUUGAAUACUUUGUGAGACAUUAAGAUGGGGAGAAUAGAAGAGGCCACUAUUCGGGAUGAAAUAGGGUUUGGGUCACUGAAUUCGGUUUUGGAUGUCUGUAGUUUUUAGUUUUCUGUCAGGUGUUCAAUGGUGUAUGUCUGGAAGGGAUCUGAGUACUCAUCACUAGGGAGCACAUUAUGUGGGGCAUGAUUUUAGCCUUUGGAGAGUGCAAGAUCAUGCAGUUGUAAUGUUAAAAUAAGAACAUUGAAGAACUGAGCGUAGAAUUACCAGCACGUAAGGCCCAGGUCUAUUAAGGGAGCCCUGCUUGUGAAGGAACAAUCGGAAAGGCUGUCAGAAAACAAAGAGCAAUGUGUGGAAUCAUCAAAGGAUUGCCCUUUAGGGAACAGUGUGUUUAACAAUGCAGUAUGGUACGCAAGGUCCAGAAAGGCCCCCAAACAUUUAUUAGUAUUGUAGUGAUCAUGAUGAACAAUGACCAUUACUUACAAGCAUCUCAGUAUAAAAAGAAUUCUUUGUUAGAUGUUAAGAGACCUGAAUUGUAAUUCUAGGACAGUUGCUCCCUAGUUCUGUAACAAAACCUUUGUGAACCAUAGUUUUCUCCCUUACAAGAUGAGAUCAUAAUACCUGUCCUUCCUGCUUUAGAAUAGAAAGUUGCAUGAAGGGCACCUGGCUGGCCCAGUCAGUAGAACAUGUGACUCUUGAUCUUGGGAUUCUAACUUCAAACCCCACAUUGUGUGUAGAAAUUAUUAAAAAAUAAAUAAAGUCUUUUUUUUUAAAAAAUUGCAUGAGGAGCAAUAAGGUAAAAUACAUGAACACUUUGGAAAGUCUAAAAUACUAUCUAUGUGUUAAGAGUAUCCUAAAUACAACAUUAUGAUGCUAAAUUUUAUUUCUAAAAUUUUAUUAUAAUUCAGGAUAAAAAUAGAAUAGAAAAGUGGUUUCUACUAUCUGUAAUUUGCUGCAUUGUCAGUGAAAUGGCAUGGAAUUUCUGGCACUUUUCUAGUCAGUCCUUCAAUGGUAAUUAUAUCUACAGUUUUCUUAUUUAUGGGGACUCUAAUUGUAGGAAGAUGUCAACAGGCUACUAGUUCUAUUAAGCAUCACUUCUUCAGUACAAGUAACACAGAGGAAAAUAGACUAGGAAUGAGUCAGGGGACAUAUUUGGGUUUUCCUAAAAAAUAGAUUACUUUCAAAGUACCAUUUGGGGAGACUGGGUGGCUCAGUCGGUUAAGUGACUUCAGCCCAGGUCAUGCUCUUACCGGUUUGUGAGGUCGAGGCCCACAUCAGGCUCUGUGCUAACAACUCAGAGCCUGGAACCUACUUGAGAUUCUGCAUCUCCCUCUCUCUCUGCCUCUCCCCUAUACUCACUCACUCACUCUCUCUCUCUCAAAAGUAAAUAAAAAUUUACAAAAAAAAAAAAAAUGAUAGGCCUGUGCCUUUCUGACACAUUAAAAAACAAAACAAAACAUUAGAUUACUUUUAAGCAGCUAUUAUCCAGUUUGGUUUCUACUCAGUUGUAGAACUAAAUUAUACUAAAAUGAAUUUUGAGGGAAUGUCAUAGAAUGAUUGCAAUAUAUCAGAAAUUCUGCUUCCUUCCGGUUAAAAAGAAUACACACGUUUUUCUGGUUAUUUGUCUUUCUCAGUCUGACUUAUUUCACUUAGCAUAAUACCCUCAAGGUCCUUCAAAAAUUAAAAAAAAAAAAAAGAUGAAUAAAUAGAAUCAGACCUAUAAAUACAGAGAACUGGUGUUUGCCUGAGGGGAGGGAAGAGGAUGGGGGAUUGAGCAAAAAGGGGGGAGGGGAGAUAGAGAUACAGGCUUCUAGUUACAGAAAGAACAGACAUGGGAAUAAAAGGUACAGCAUAGGGAAUAUAGUCAGUGAUACUGUAACAGUAUAAUGGGGUAGAUGGUAGCUAUACUUGUGGUGAACAUAGCAUAAACUUGUCAAAUCACUAAGUUGCAUGCCUGAAACUAAUGUAACAUUGUGUGUCAACCAUACUAAAAAACAAACAAGGGAAUAUACAUGAUUCUAUAUAAUCAGCAUCAAAGGAAAACUUGCCUAAUUUUUAAUUUGUAAGAAAUCGUUAGGCAGCGAAUACUGCCAACUACUACUUGGUCAUGGCAUAUUUUAAAGAGGGUAUCUCUCCUGGAAACUGCCCAUUUGUCUCUUUUACAAAGUUCAUGGCAGAGGUGGAAUAACAAGGAAUUUUUCAGCCCUGAAGAAUAAUGGACAGCUCUGAAGAAAUAAUCUUUGCCAUCCAAAGAAGGGAGACACAUAGAGACCAUGAAAAAAAUGGGCUUUUUUUUUUUUUUUUUCAUAUUCUCUUGUCUAGCUCAGAACAUAUAUAAGAAAGACAAAAGAUAACAGUCCAUUUUAGUUACUGUGCAUUUUACUCUGUGCCACAUGCUGGGUUGAAUGCUUUUCCAUUCACCAUCUCAUUUCUUCUUCCUAGUUAGUCUUAACCAGGCCUCUACACAUGGAGAAAUGAGGGCAUGGAGAC